CAUCACUAGUGCUUAGUAUUAAAUGGGAAGAUGUUAUUGGUCACAAAAAAAUACAUAGCUGAGAGACAGCCAAUAGCGUGCUUUCUUUCUCCGACUGUUGAUUUGCGCACAUAACCUAACCUAAUACUAUACAAUACUCUGGCUUUUUUGGGAUCUUUCGGAAACUGUAUACAGGGCACCAUUUUGUUCCCUAAAUCGACAAGAUUACAGGCAUUACCGGUACUUAUAGCGAUCUACAAACCGCCAAAACGUCGCGUUAAAGUGCGUUAAUGAAGUAACUAACGAAAUUUACACAUCUGUUGGACAUUGAGUAUAGAAAUGACGGAGGAGAGUGAGCAUAAUGUGCUCAAAAAUCUUUUAACUCUUGAAGAAUUUACUCAGAUACCGGAGGAAAUAGCCAAAAAACUAAAAUCGUAUUUCAACGAAAAGUUUGAAGAAUUCAUCACCGCUAAAGCCGUUUUCGAGACCGGUCGGCAAAACCAAGAAAAAACCUUAAAUGAUUUACAAAAGGAUCAUGCGGAACAGAAACUCGACUUGGACGAAUGUAAGGGAAAGCUAGAUUUGGCUGAAAAAUAUAUAAAAGAAUUAGAAGGCAAAGUUGACGAUGCUAAAAGAGAUAUAUUUAAACUACAAGAAUCUGUAAAGAGACUCGAGAAGGAAAAUGCAGAAUUACGCAGACAAAGGGACGCGGUGUCCGACGAAAGAGAUGCCUUACAAUUACAGAUUGAACGACGUGACGCAGAGGUGGAAAGAAUGCGCACUGAGCUUACAUCUCUUGGUAAUCAAUUGCAAGCAGCAGUCACUGCAAAGUGUCAGGCUUUUGCAGAAAUGGAGGAAGUCAGAAGUCGUGACAUGACAUUAGAUUUCAAAGAGAAACGGCUUGAUCAAGAGAGAACUCUUUUCGCCCAGCAAAUGGCUGGUUUGGAGGAGGAACUGGCAAAACGAACUGCGGAGUUACAGGCAGCCAGAGCAGAAGCUUCAUCCCGUGCACUUCUAACGGAUACACGGCUGACCCAACGCGACGAGGAGCUUCGUAUUGCAAAUGAGAGUGCAGCUCAGAUGCGUGAAGCCCAUACAACAUUACAAAGACGAUGUGACGAACUUGCACAGAAGCUCGAGGAACAGAGGACGCACGAACUCUCAAUGCAUGCCUCCUACAGGGAGGAAGUAGGAGCCCAAACGAGACUUGCAGAUCUUUACAAGGAAAUGGCUAACGAAGCAACUGGAAAGGCUGACGAAUUUAGUAAUGCAGUGAAAGAGCUUCAGGAACUUUUGGAACAAGCUACCGAACAGUAUGGCCUGCUUGAGACAAAACAUAAUGAACUUCAAGCUCAGCACGAAGAGGACCUUGCUGAGAAGCAACAGAAGAUUGAGGCCUUGGCCAAGGAACUUGAACAUGCAAAUGAAUUACUAAAGAAUAUCAAACAAGAACGACUCGAUCAAGCUGUAGAACAAUUGGCACCAACCGCCGCCAUUGCCAGCAGAGUACUGAAAAAAGGUCUGACUCUAACUCAGAUUUACACUCAACUUGUUGAAGCCACUAAUGAAUUAGCACUGGAGCGCGAAGAAAAUGAACGACUCAAAUCACAAAUGGAAAUUAUUUUACGUGAAUUGGAAGAGAAGGCUCCAGUACUUCAACAACAGAAUAAGGACUAUGAAACGGCGGUUGCCAACGUAGCAACUCUGUCCCAAAGACUGGAUGAUCUCCUCGCUGAGAAUCAUCGGCUACGAGAAGAUACCGACAAGACGAAGACUAUGGCUAACCAUCAGCUCAGAGAAAAUCAGAGACUCAAGACUGAAUUGGCUGACUUGGCCCGACAGGUCUGUUUCCUCUUGAAGGAGGUGCAAGAAAGCCGAGGUGGUGCCCCGAUUCCUACGAAUGACCUAUCUUCUUCCAUGAUGGAUAUCGAUGAUCUUGCAUCCUCUCAAAUAAUCAGUAAGAAACUAGUGACCUUCCGAGAUAUUGAAGAACUCCAGGAAAACAAUCAAAAGUUGCUGUCGAUCGUCAGGACUCUGUCAUCCAGACAGGAAGAGAUAGAACGAGCCACCGAUGAAAUUAAUUCUGGCGAGAUGAAAGAGAAGCUAGAUAGAUACCUGGAACAGCUGGCAGAAAUGCAAGCAGCACAAGACAGACAAGCAAAAAUGUUGGACGGUCUUCUCCGUCAGCGUGACAUGUACAAGAGUAUGUAUCAGCAGUGCCUGAACCAGGCAUCCAACAAAACAGACCGAAAUUCCUCCUCCAGAAUAGAUGGAGAAAGUUCUGAAUCGCAAACGGAUGACAAGAAAACGGAGGCCGAAAAACGGAAGGAAGAACAGAGCACUGAGCAGGACAAGGAAGCUCAGAGGAAACUUGCUGAAGUGGAGAUUAAACUGAAGCAAGUAUCAGAUGAGUAUGAAACUUACAAAAAGGAGAGAGGCGCGCACGAGUCUAUGCUUACAGAAGAAGCAGAGCGUCUAAGGAAGGAAGCAGAAGCAAAUUCCGCUCGUUGCUGCCGACUAAAAGCACAACUGGAUUCGGCGAACGAGCGGUUCCAUCUUCUGCAGGCAAAUGUUACUUCAUACAAGUCGCAGAUAAAGAUCCUCGAAGAAAAAUGUAACAACUAUAGUACAACUAUAGGAAAACACGAGCAGAGCAUUAUGAUGUUGAAGGACGAGACUCUGACUGCUCAGACGAAACUGUCUCGUGCCGAGGUACAGUUGGAAAAUUUACGACAGGAACGGCAACUUCUGCGGGACUCGGAAGGACGUCUUCUUAAGGAACGUGAAGUCCUUCAACGGGAAAGACAGACUCAGGCGCUACUAAGAGCCGACGUGGAAGCCAUUAAAGCUAGCUUGGAACGUGCUCAGGCUGAAGGUCAGUUACGGGCUGAACAAAGAUUGGACGAUGCUACCAGAGAAUGCGCUGCUCUUCGUCGUCGUCUACAGGAGGAACAGGAUCGUUUCAGGGAACUCGCAUCGCAUUUAGAAAGACAACUUACAGCUGCACAGCAACGUCUAACCGAAGAACGUACCUUGGCUGAGCGUACUCGUGCAGAAUUGGAGGAGGCGCGUGCUCUAGAGGUCGAGAAUUCACGACGUAUCGAGGAACUCGGUGCAAAAUUAAGACAGGCUGCUGCACAUUCCAUUGCCAAACCCAUCACCGGUGACGAGAGUCUCACCAAGAGACUGAAGGAACUCGAGAUGCAGUUGGCUAGCAGUCAGGCUGAAGUAAAGUCACUGUCGGAACAGUUGAGAGCUGCUCGUCAACAGAGUCAACAAUACUGCGACAUUGCCGAGAGCGCUGAGACCCAAUUGCGAGAAUUGACAGCUGAGCACAACAGAGCUCGCGAGGAACUUGAAACAGCUUUGAAGAACGCACAAAACAAUGUGAUUAAUUUCGAGAAGAGAGUGAAGGAACUUGAAGAGGAACUUGCCAAAGUGUCCAGUGGACGUCAGGAGACGGAUUCGGAACUUCGUGAAAAAUUGGCAGCUGCUGAAAUGAAGUUGGAAGAAUUGGAUGAGGUUAAGGGUGAGUUGGAGCUGAUGAAGAGUGAUCUUCAGAGUGCAUCAGCGGCCGCCAAGGAGGCCGAAGAGAAAUACGGCAGGGAGAUGGUGCUUCAUUCGGCCGAUCUGCAAACCCUGGCAAAACUUAAAGAAGACUGGAGCACCGUUGCUGAGAAAAUCGCGGUUCUUACGCGUGAAAGAGAUGCUGCCACUGAAGCUCUUCAACUGGAGAAAACAGCAUGGCAGGAAAGGGAACAACGGUUACGAGAUGAGAUCCUGGAGAUGCAAAAGAGGGUUCAAGAUCUGGAUGCCCAGAAUGCACUGCUUCAUGAUCAAAUUCAAGAACUGAGUGAUAGAGCAGCAAUAAUGCAGAGUCAGCAGUCGAAAUCCAGCCAGGAGAGUCCAGAUACCAGCCUAGAAGCGAUGAAUCGCAGCUUCAGCGGUCUCGAAGAGGAUUCCAAUUCAGCGGAGCAGCUCCUACGCGUGAUGAAGUAUUUGAGACGUGAGAAGGAUUUGGCAGUGGCGAAAUUCGAUGUUCUUAGGGCUGAGAACCUGAGACUCAAAUCCCAGGCGGAGGUAUAUGAGAAACGACUGAAGGAGACUGAGGCACUCCUUAAUUCCGAAAGAGAAAAAUCCGAGAUUGAUGUGGUGACGACGUCCAAGCAUGCAGAACUCUUGCGCAAGGUAGAAACUCUAAAUGCUAUUGCUGAUUCCAAUAGGAUUCUUCGUGAAGAGAGGGAUACUCUGAGUGCAAAGGUCACCGAGCUUUCAGCGAAAGUAACAGCCCUCUCCGAAGAAGUUGUACCACUUCGUGAGAAGGCUAGAGAUCUAUCUGCCAAAACAGAGGGUCUUAUGCAAGAAAAUUCUGGACUCAAAGGUGAAGCAACGAGAUGGCGUCAGAGAGCUAACACCCUUAUUGAAAGAGCCAAUAAAGCCAGUCCUGAGGAUUGGCGAAGACUACAGACAGAACGUGAAAAUCUCAGUAAAUUAUUGACGUCCGAACGAGAAACACAUGCCAGAAGAACAGACGAACUAAAUGCUAUAAAAGCUGAGAAGGCUAGAUUGGAGGAACAAGUUGUUCAGUGGCAGAAACAGGUGCAAGCUCAGAGUGAACAGAUUUCCAGGAUGUCAGAGGAGACUCGCAAACUAGGACAAGAUUUGAACGAAGCCAUUGCCGAUUCAACUACUAAGGACAAGGAUCUUGGCAGCUUGCGUAAAGAAUUAAGUGACAAAGAGGCUACUCUGAAUGACAUCAAGAACAAAGAAAUUCAGAUCCGAAAGAUCGCUAAGAAAUAUAAGACUCAGUUCGAGGAACUCGCUAGAUCUGUCGAGGAGGAGAAGACGAAAUUAGAAGAAUCCAAGGCAUCCGGUACAAAUGCCGGAAACGAGGAUACAUCCCAAGCAGCCCAAGAACGCGAAGAUCAGCUAAGGGAAGAAGGUAGACAGGAACUUCGUCAAGCAAACGUUGAACUGACGACCAAGAUCGAUGAGCUAACUCGCCAAUUGAAUGCAGUACAAAGUGAAGCAGAGGCGCUCAAGAGAGAAAUAGAAAACAUAAACAAAAUCAGCGUAGAAAAAGAAGAGAGGGCCAAGCAAGUACUCAAGGGUGCCAGGACCAAGAUAAUGCAAUUGACUGAGUCCAAUAAAGUCUGCGAGAAGGAAUUGAACGAUUUGAAAUCCAAAAUUGAUUCCAGUGCUAACGAGUCAGAUAGCUCGGAGCACGAUGCUAGAUUGGCGGCAAUAAAAUCACAAAUGGAAGGCAGAAUAUCGAGAUUAGAACAUGAAAAGUCCGAGGUCCAUGCCGAGAAGGAAGCUCUUCUUCAGAGAGUGACCCAGCUCCAGAGACAAUUGGCUGCUGGAGUUGGGGGAGUCAGUGCUACCACUGAGCCACCAACUGCUAAUAUAAAACCAAUGUCUGCUCGCGCAGAAACUCCUUUGGCUAGUAUUCGACCGAUGAGUGUUGUUGUACAAUCUAGAACAGCAGCAGUUUUACCUACAACAGCAACAGCACCUGUUCUAGUGGCACCGCAACAGCAGCAGCAGCAACAGCAGCAGGCUGUUCAUACGACAGAGACGAGUUCGCCCACCAGCAGUCAUACAGAUUAUCAACCAGCUAGCACCAGUAGCUCCUCUCAAACGGCAGCUGGUAAUUUGAGACAACUGGCUGUGCAGCCACAGUUGAGCGAAUCGGCCGAAUCUACUCAGAGAGAAGAUCCUGAGAGUGCGGAGGGAUUGAUUCGACAGGAGCAGCAGUGUCAACAGCAGCAACAGCAGCAACAACAGCAGCAGACAGUGGCUCUGGUAAGUCCGAGAGUUGAGCAGCAACAACAACAACAACAACAACAAGCUGCAGCUAGCGAUCAACAGCAAACAGUGGCAAGUAGUUCUACACAGUCGGUGAGUACUUCUCAAGCAUCGACAGGGCACAAAAGACCUAGGAGUCUUGAAUCCCCGGCUUCAGGUUCUGGAGUUGUAAAUACGGGGGAUCAUAGUAGGUCAGAGCAGCUUCCAAGCCCUAAGGCGAAAAGAAGUAGGCAACAGGAAGUGAUGCCUACAGCUGCUGCAAGUGCAUCGGAAGUGGAGUACCAAGUUCCUACUUCGAGUCAGAGAGAUCAGGAUGAGGAAGUUGAGGAAGGCUGUGUUGUGGUGGUUGAUUGUGAUGAAGGUGAAGGUGGUGGAGCACAUCAGGCGCAGGAGGAAGAAGAAUUUGAUAACGAUCCUUACGAGGAAAUGGAAGAAGAGGAAGAAUUACCAUAUGGCGUUGAAGUUGAGGUCGAGGGUGAUAAUAAUGAGGUUGAAAUUAUUAUGGAGGAAGAUUCGACGAGUGUCGAAGUACCUAGGCAAGCACAGCCAACGAUACUUACUAAUCAACAGCAACAGCAAUCUGAAGCUAUCAGCAGUGCUGGUCCUACCGGAGAACCAGCGUCUUCCUUUGCAGCAAGAUCAUCCAGAGGAAUUGCUCCAAUGCCUAGACAGCAGCAGCAACAACAGCAGCAUCUCCUUCUACCUCAGCAAGGAUAUGAGGAUGCUGGAGACGAUAGUAUAGUUCCUAGUACACCCACGUUAUUUGUCCCCCGCCGAGGAGAUAGUUUCGGUGAGGCUGUGAGUUCUCCCCAAGUGCCACAAGGUAGCUUUACAUUUGGUGAUCCUGCGCCACCUUCUACUGCAUCUUCGACACCUGCCCUAGCUACACCUACCGGAGCUGCUACGAGAACAAUGUUCGGUUCCUCUGGGUCUGGCGUGGCUCAGGUAGUUCAGGAAGGAAUGGACGACACCAGGAUGGACCUUACGCAAUUAGAAGAUGGUGGAACAGGGCGCAGCGUUCCCACGACCCCCCUUCAAGUCUCGCCAGCCGCUGAUCUACCUCCUUCCACUAGUAGUAGUGGUCCAUCCGAGGAACAGGAAACUCCCGUUUCGGGCACAGCGGUUACAGCUACCAGAACAACCAGUAGCGAUAUUACCGAGGAUACUGCGAUACCGAGUAUUCGCAUCGUCACCGCAGAUGAGCAGGAACAUUCGCAGCUGGAAGUGGUCGUGGAAACUGAUAGUGCUACUCCUGCAGAUGGCGUAACUUCUGAUAGUGAAAAACGACCUGAAGCAGCUGGAGCUACAGCUUCAGGGACAGUCGACGAUGACGUCGCCGACACUGGUGCCGAAGCUACAGAAGAUCCUGGUAGCGAAGUCACGGAAGAGGAUCCGGAGGAGGAGAGUAGAGAAGCCGAGGCAUCACCUUCGAGUAACACCAGACAGAGAGCUCUGGCUGCUGCGGCCGCCGCAGCUGCAGCCGCAGGCAAUAACGCAACUCCGAACAGAGAUUCAAACACAAGAAGAUCUACGCGAACUCCGUUCAGAGCAGCUCGUGGACAGCGACCUACUCCCAUCGUCUGGGACAAUCAACCGGGACGAGGACAAGGCGUAAUGCGUGGACAUGCUACAAGGGGAAGUGGGCCAGUCGGUGAUGGCGGAAGAGGACGUGGCACUAGAGGAAGACGUAUGCGCUCCAAGUAUCCUUACUCACGUUUCUAGAAUCCCACAAUUAUGUGUAUAUAUAGAGAGGAUAUUGUGGUUUGGUAAUAUCGAAAGUGAGCAUCGAGAUUGUUCGUUUGAGCUUCGAUUUACAAUGUCAUUCGAGUAACUCUUAUCAUUGCAUUUUCGGACUUUAUCUAAUUCUCGUUCGUUUAUUUGUGGAAAUCAUUAGUAGCCACGCUCUUCACAUGAGUAUGUAAGUCUACGAGAAAGACAAAAAUGUUGUUUAAGUAGUAUUGCCCUCAUUUUAAUACGUUGUUUAAGCCAUUUUUUUGUCUACUAUUAAACUAUUUUCCAUAAGAGAGUCGGCUACAUUCCUAUGAGGAAAAGUCCUGAACUUUUUGAACACGCUACAAUUUAUUAUGCGUAGAAUUCAAUGUUAAUCCAACGAUGACCCCCUGAUUAGUGAUUAUUAACUUUAGUGAAAUGACAUUUUACGGCAUGAAAAGAGAAACAGCAAAAAAUAUUCGAAGAAGAACGACGGAAAUUGACUUCUUUUCCUUCUUGAUAAAUACAGUCAAAGUAUUUCAUUCAUGAUCUAUAAGGUGUAAUAUAUUAUAUUGUAGACAGGAUAAUUUAAUGUACGAUUAACACGAAAAGAAAUAUUCUCCAUUGAAGUCGCUUCGACUUGCAUUUACCCAAGAGGAGAGUGACCAGUAUAGAGUUGCUGGUCGUAAACUUUAAAAAUAAAGUAUGUUUGUACAAUAAGUGGUUGAGGAUUGCAUAAAAAAUUCAAUUUAUUUCCAGUCAAGUUAAUAAAUAAAGCAAAAUUGAUUGUUUCGCAAUCAAUAGCCGUUUUAUAGAAUAAAUAUUAAAUAUAAUAAAUAGAGUAGAUUUUAAAGCGUUCUAAUAAAUAAAUUUGCAUAAUAUUUAAUUAUACGCUGAAUAUCUAUAAAUAAGUUGUGGCAGAUCUAAGAAGUCUUAGGAUUACGGAAUAGCGCAUAUCACGUUAUAUGUUUCAGUCUCAUUUUUUUUUGGUCGACCAGUGCUCGGUACGUCUCUUAAUGUCAUUUUCAAGGUUCAGUUCAAGGUCAUGGAUAUGAGCCAUCCGUACGAACAGAGUCUCAUUCGAUCAAGCAGACGAUCGAUUGUCCUUCAACAAAAUUACUAUAACGCGUGAUCCUUCUUGAUCGAGUUUUUCUUUUUCUUAGAGAAACGCAAUUAAAGCAUCUGAUCGACCUAGCGAUCUGAAUAUUAUAUACUAGAUAAAUUAGAUGACACAUUACACAGAAUAGAAGAAAUAAAAAAGAUAACUAAUA